UUCAAAAGCAACACAGACCAGAACCACUCAAACUUUCAUCUCCGAAAAAAAUUGUGUUAUUUCAACAUAACAACAAAAAUGGUUUACUCUAACUACACCCCCACUUACUAUUCAACCCUCCACGAUUCAAUCACCUCUUUCUGCAAAACAAUUCUUCCUUUCAACUUCAAAAAACGAUCUUUGCCUUCAGCAGAGCACAGAUUAUCAAAGCUACAAUCUGAUAAUCUUAAAUGGCAACAAGACACUUUUCACCAAGUUUUGAAUCUGAUGGGUCUCCACAAAGAAGGUAUUGUGGCUGAAUCUGAAGUUUCAGCUUUCAAAACUCACUUGCUUGAGACACUUAUUGCUUCUACUCCAGAACAAGAACACGCUGUUAUAUUAAGAGAUAAGCUUCUGUUUUUGCAGGAACUACUUUAUGCCAAGUGCAUUUCUGAAGAAGACUAUCAUUCUUCAAAAAGGCCAUUGGUACAAAGACUAGCAGUACAAGGAGCUAAGAUUGAAGCUAGUGAUAUAAUCGCAUCGAAAUUGAAAGACUCAAAAGAGAAUUCAGAAGAGGAGUGGUCAGUUAUUGACUUGAAGGAUGAUAAAAACAAAGAGAAUUUGAAUUCUAAGACCAGAUCUAAUCAAGGAUCAGCUUUAAAGCAGAUUAAAGGAGCAGCAUCCGUUUUCGGCUUUGUUUCUUCCAAUAACAAGCAUGACAAAAACUGGUCUGAAAAGAGCAUAUUUGAUUCACCUUCAUUGCAUUCAAAAGGAAAACAACAAAGUGAAGCUGGUUCAAUUCUUAUGGAGGAAACCGGACCACCCGAACCACCGAAGCAAAGCAGCUCUGGUUCGGAGAAGUUGAAGAGAAAACCAUUUAGAACUUUGUUUCAUAAGGAACAAAGAGAAGGACAUGGUGGUUCUGAGAUGGAACAAAAAGGAGGGAAAUCAGUGAAAAAACAAUGGGGAUUUGAUGGAUUCAAGAAAUGGAAGAGAAGUGAAUUGGACGAUGAUGAUGAAACAGCUCCUUUGCCUUUGAAUCAGAGAUCUGAUAGUGAGGCUUUUGCAAGAGCUGUUGGGGAGGGACCAGACACUAAGUUGAUAAAGAAAAAGUUGCAUUCUGAUGGUUCUCCAUCUGAUUUUUUCAUAGAUAAGGUUUUGGGAAACAAUAUAAAGAAGGAGUUGUCAAGAAUUCAGACAGAACUCAGCAGCACAAAUCCAAAUCUUAAGUUUUCGAAUGAUCAGAUUGAAGCAAUUUCUACCAGAAUUCCAGUGGAUAAGGCUGAUUUGAAAAACUACUUUCCGAAAUCAUGGUGUGAGCGAUAUGGUGAUGUUGUGCUGGAUGUGGUGAAAAAGGAAUUCAAAAACCACGUUGAAGAAAUGGAUAACAUGCGGAGCAUUGCAAAAGAAAAACGUGGAGGCAACUCAAAGCGAUGGACAAUGUUUGAUGAUGAUGAAAACAUUCAUCCAAAUCUUUUUGUUCAUCAUCAUGAUAAUAAUAAUUCAGUUAGCAGUAGUAACAUCAAUCCAUUUUCUCAUGGUUAUAACUUAUGAGGAGAGCGUGUGGAACUAAUUAAGCUGAGGUCUUGAUCAGCUUCUUCCUCUAAGAAAUCCAUCUCUAGGAUUUAUUUUAUUUUACUAUAGGCAAAUGUUAAAUUGUUAUAUUAUUAUUAUAUAUGUUAGUAGUCAGGGUUUGAAGACUUUUUUUCAAACUUGAUGUUUCAGUUCAACCAUUUGAGCUAUGCCCCUCAGAACCUAUCUGCAUAAAUAUAAUAAUAUUAUUAAGACUUUAAGAG